UGAAAUAUCCUUAUAAUUUAAAAAGCUUCUGUUAAAACUGUGUCUGUUUCACUUUUCAUUGGCUAGUAGUAGUAGAGAAAAAGAGACAACAACAAAUUUCCUUAUAUUUUGAGAACUUCCAAAUCCCGCAUUUUAAUCUAAUGUUUACAAAAUUUUGGUUAUUUUUAUGAGCAUCGAAUUGGCUAUUUUGUAAAAUUUAGGAACAAUUUGGGAAAGAUGUCACACAGAAGAUCGAGUUUCCAAGCCAACGAUUUGUUUCCCAGGGAAAUAGAUAUUGAGAUAUGUUUGAAAACAUUGAAAAUCUAUCAAAAAAUGGAAGGUGAUGUAAACUGUGUUGUUUGGGAUGCUUCUUUGGUGUUGGCGAAGUAUCUUGAAACAAUGUGUCAGCAUAAACCUGAUUUCUUAAGUGGCAUAAAAGUAUUAGAACUUGGAUCAGGUCUUGGAGUUGUUGGACUGACAGCUGCUACCUUAGGGGCUCAGGUCACACUUACAGAUUUGCCAGAAGCAUUGCCACUGUUACGGCUCAACAUAAAUGAAAACAAGACAAAAAUUGGCAGCAUGGGUGGAUAUGCCACAGCUGAAUCCCUUGUAUGGGGAGAUAGUACAUCAGAAAUACUGAAAAAAGAGUUUGACAUGAUUGUUAUGGCUGAUUGUGUUUAUUAUGAGGAGGCUAUAGAUCCUCUUGUUCAAACACUACAGAGUCUCAACAACACCAUGUCAAAGAAGCCUACAAUAUAUUUGACCCAGGAAAUGAGAGAUUCUGUUAUACAAAAAGGUUUAUGGGACACAUUUUAUGAGAAACUGACAGAUAAUUUCAAUGUUGAGAAGAUCCCAGAAGAACAACAACAUGCUAAUUAUAGAAGUUCUGAUAUUACAUUGUUAAGGAUAAAUAAGAAAUAACUACAUUUUGUAACAUAAGCUCAAAGCUAUAUUUAUAAAUCAUUUUUAAUUCCAUUUUUAAUCUCUUAUAGUGAGAAGUUGACAAACAAAAUAGCACAAUAAUUGCAUUUAAUUAUAAUGUAAUAAAUAUUUUUAAGAAUAAAUAAUAAAAUCGCUUUUUCG